ACCAAUGAGGCUCAUCCAUCCACUUUAGGAACCUGCACCCCUCUCUCUCUCGCUCUCUCUCUCUUGCACCAUGAGCGUCGUAGCUCUCUCACCCGAGCCCCCCUCCCCGAUGGUCACCUCCGUCACCCCGACCCUGGACCCCGAGGACCCCCCUGCCCUGCCUGGCCGCCCCGGCCCCCCCACCUCAGACAUGGAGGCCUGCAGCGUCUCCGGUGCAGCGGCGGCGGCGGGACGGGACGCCUGCCACAGGUCCAGGAAGCCUCCUCCCCUGCACACGGGGGCGGACUGGAAGGUGGUCCUCCACCUGCCGCAGAUCGAGACGUGGCUGAGGGCGACCAGCGAGCGAGUCACACAGCUCACACACUCCGCAGCGCAGGACACCGACAACAGACACGUGGACGUCCACCUGGUGCAGCUCAAGGACAUCUGUGAGGACAUCUCGGACCAUGUGGAGCAGAUUCACGCUCUGCUGGAGACAGAGUUCUCCCUGAAACUGCUCUCCUACUCCGUCAACAUCAUCGUCGACAUCAGGACGGUGCAGCUGCUGUGGCACCAGCUGAGAGUCUCGGUUCUGGUUCUGAAGGAGCGGCUGCUGCAAGGACUGCAGGACUCCAACGGAAACUACACCAGACAGACGGACAUCCUGCAGGCCUUCACCCAGGACCAGCACCAGACUCGUCUGGACGCUCUGACGGAGGUGGACGACUGCGGUCAGCUGACCAUCCGCUGCAGCCAGGACUACUUCUCCCUGGACUGCGGCAUCACCGCCUUCGAGCUGAGCGACUACAGCCCAGGAGACGAGCCUGAAACUCGGGGACCAGGGGAACCAGGUGACGAGAACCCGGGGCAGAACCAGGAACCAGGGCCGGAGGAGAACCAAGAUGCGGUGCCCAGUGACUCAUUAAACCCCACCCACUCCCUGUCAGCAGCACCCACCAUGCAAUGCGGCGGGUCCAACCACAGCGAGGGUUCGGUGUCGAAGCGUCUGCUGCAGGGCGGGAGCCACAGCAGCGAGGUGUCGCCCACGCAGCCCUCGCUCCCCAAGAGAGCAGCUCUCUUCUCACCAGGGGAGAUGGAAGCUGAAGAGGCAGGGGCGGGACUGGGGAACUUUUGCCUGGCCUCAGGAUUCCAGUUUCAGGCGGAGCUGAGCCGCAGCAGCCCCUCACUCCUGGAUCCUCCAGACCGGUCCAAGUUCUGCUUGGAGCUGAACUCGGUUUACCCAGGGAACGUUUCUCAGUCCUACGAGAGUCUGCAGGUCAUGAAUGGCCACAAUCUCCACGGAGAGGGAGGGGCACCAGAGGGGAGCGUCUGCACGGAGCUGCGUGGCCAGAGGAGCUCGUCAGGGGCCGGACCGACCGCCGACGCCCCCCUGCCUCUCCGGGACCCGCCGCCUCAGAACAACAAGUCCAAACAAAUGGAGAUGACACACACCGAGACACACACACGCAGUGAGGGGGGCUCCGACUCCUCGGUGCCUUCCCCGAUGAGGGAGCAGUUCCUCUCCUCAGACCAGGAGGCGUCCGGGGAGGAGUCGGACCCCCGACCGCCUCCCGGAAAGCCGGCUGUCUGGAUUGUUAAACGCCAGGGGAGAAAAGUGAGGGUUUCAACCAAGUCCAGCCCGAACAGGGAGCACUGGUACGGGUCAGAGGAGUUCCUGGCCCUCCCUGCCCAGCUCCGUAAGACCGAGAUGUUGGCGAUGAAACUGGAAAGCCUGGCUCAGGCCGUCCCCUUGAGACCUGGCGUUUGCGAUGCUACCCAUGAGGCUUUGCAGGAUGUGGAUGACUGGGAGCUGACGGAGCUGAACCCCGACUGGGACGUGGGGGAGAGCGGGGACAACGUCAGCAGUGUGGGGGAGAGUGGGGACGACGUUCCCUCCCCUCUGCCACACCUGCUCCCGUUCAGACGGAGCCACUUCCCGGUCGGUCGCUUCAGCCCCAGCUCCUCCAGCGAUAUUGCGCCCUCACUGGACGAGAGCAUCGAGUCCGGCCCGCUAAGUGACCUGCAGUCAGAGGACGAUGAGGGGCGGAGCUCUGCAGACCGCGGCCGUCACAUCACAGCGCCCCCGGAGGACAAGCCAGGAGGUGCAUCUCUGGUCCAACGGCUGCUGCAGGACAUUCAGCGACAGGACAAAGACCCUGACAUCUGGAAGAAGAUUGAGUGUUUCGUGCUGCAGUUGGACGGCUUCAUCGUGUGGCUGCAGGCGGCGCUGGACAGCACGGAGAACUGGACGCCGCCCAGACAGGAGCUGGACAGCCUGAGGCUCUACCUGGACACACACCUGAGUUUCAAGCUGAAUGUGGACAGCCACAGCGCGCUGAAGGAGAGUGUUUUGGAGGAAGGCAGAGCGCUGCUCAGCGUCAUCACCUCCCACAAAUCAGCUCUGCAGGAAAUCCUCCAUAUGGUUUCCAGCCAAUGGGAUCAGCUGCAGCGGCAGAUCCGGCGCCAACAUGGCUGGAUGCUCCGCGCCCUGCGCUGCGUCCAGGCCCGCCUCCUCCACGCCGGCCAAUCGCACGAGCCGGCGUCGGCCACCAGGGACCCGUCGGCCAAUCGGCAGGCUCCGUGCCUCGAGGACGAGCUGCCGUCGGGACAGGGUUCAGCCCAGCGAGCCGCCCUGGAGCAGAUGGCCGUCAAGCUGACCAGCCUGCACUACCCGGCCCCCACCAGCAGGAGGCGCUACAGCCAGCUGGCCCGCAACAACAGUCUUCAGGAGUUUGACGCCGAGUACCAGGAGCUCUGGGAUUGGCUGAUGGACAUGGACGCCAUGGUAACAGACAGCCACCAGCUUCUGAUGUCAGACGACCAGAGGCACCACCUCUACAAGGGCAGCCAUGUGGAGCUGUGUAUGAUGGAGAGCAGGAAGGCCAGCCUGCUGGGUCGAGCCGAGUCUCUGCAGAGGAGCGGAGCCGAGCUGCCCAACGACUUCCACCACAAAAUACACACUCUGACACACACCUGGAGACAGCUGGAGAAAAUCCUCUCUGAGCAUUCGGGAAGCGGCUCCUCCCAGCAGAGCCAGUCGUCUCCGGCCGGCGGCGUCGCGGUGGAAAACCCUCGCUCGGCCCUCUCCCCGCUCACCAACUCGCUCCUGGAGCAGCUGGAGGCUCGGAUUAAGGAGCUGAAGGCCUGGCUGCGAGACACCGAGCUCCUCAUCUUCAACUCCUGCCUCCGACAGGACCAGGAGGCCUCGACGCAGCUCCAGAGCUUCAAGUCUCUGUGUGUGGAGGUGCGGGGCAGGCGGAGGGGAGUCUCCUCUGUUCUCAGGCUCUGCCAGAAGCUGCUGCAGCAAAGCCAGGCGGGCCCCCUGGUGGAGGUGGGCCCAGAGGCGGAGCAGCACCGUGAGGCCCUGCAGCUGCUGUCCAUCAACCUGGAGCGGCGGUGGGAGGCGAUCGUGAUGCAGGCGCUGCAGUGGCAGAACCGACUGAAGAGGGAGCUGGGAGCCGAGCAGGUGCCAGGGAACUUUCUGGAACCGGGUCUAGUUGACCUCCACCAGAGCAGCCCGGUCCCAGCCGGCCCGGUGGCGGCGGCGGCGGCGGUGGACGACUCCUGGGAAUGGGACGAGACUGACAUGACAAUCACAGAACCAGAACCGCAGGACGCAACAGAACCCGACCUCACGCAGAACCUCCCCACGGAACCGAACCUGUCGUCAGACUCGAUUCUGUCCAACGGGAAUCGGCCCGGCAGGAUCCCACCUGCCAGGGCUCCGGCCAGUCAGUCCUGUGAGAUCUUGUCCAAUAGGAGGGGCUCAAACUCAGGGGGCCCGAAUUUAACCGCCCAAUCAAAUGAGACAUCCCGAGCACUUCCACCUAACAACAACAACAACAACGUCUACCAGGUGUACAGCCUCCAUAACGUCGAGCUGUACGCGCAGCCUCAGUUUCCCAUCUGCCAGAAGAACGCUCCGUCUUUGCCGCUCAACACCAAAGCAGGAAAAAGGAAACAGCAGCCUCUACUCAAGAGUCUAAGUAAAGACUCCUCGUUCUCCUCCAUCGAAUCCCUCCCGGACCUCCUGGGGGGUUUGAUGCUGAGCAGCCGGGGGGGAGGAGGAGGCGGAGGUGAUAGGAUUGUGGGAUACCCGGGAAGCGGGGAAAGAGGCGAUUCAGCGGACAGCCGGCGGUCUGAAAGUGAGAGCGGGAUCGUCAGUGAUACAGGAGACACGGAGACGACGCUGAACUCUGAAAUACAUGGAGAGGAAGAGGAUCAAGGUGAAAGCCGAAAGAGGAGCGAUGAUAAGGACAGAGAGAGCAGGUGGAAGAGAGAAGAAACUUUAGGAGAAGUCAGGAGAAACAGAGAUGAGAAGAAAGUGGAAGAGAAAAGAAGGAGGCAGAGGAGAGGAGGAGGCGAGGCGGUUGAGAUCCUCAUUAAUGGACGUGGGAUUCUGACGCCGGCAGAUUCAGAUUCAGACUUCGAGGUUGGCGGGCUCGGCCUAGACUCGUCCAAACCCCUCAUCUCUCACGGUGACAUCACACAUCAGUACAAAGCAGACCUCCGUCACAGCUUGGAGACGCCUCUUCAACUCAGCCGCAAAGCGUCAACCCCUUUAUCGUCUCAGGGCUCGUCCCUGGAGUCUUUGCUGGCUCUGGGCAUCGAGUUAUUCCCCUCGUCUAAAGACCCUCUGCAGCGCAGCGCCUCUCUGGAGAGCUGCCUGGCCCCGUGUCGCAGCGCCGGCGGGGAGACCGGCGGCAGCCUGGCCAGCCUCGGAGAGCUGGGACUCGGGGAGGGAAAAGAGAUGGAGGGAGGUGAACCAGGAAUGGGGAAGAAUAAUGAAAGCGUGCAAGGCGAGCCCUCCUCUGGGGAGCUGAGCCGAAGAACCCUGGAGCUCCUGAAACGCCUGGAGAACAUCCAAAGCCCGCUGUCCGUGAAGAUGACUCGCAGCGUGUCUGAUAUGACCCUACGGAGCAGCUCGCCGCAGCCGAGCCGCUUCCCUGCCUCCACGUCUCUCGGCGGCCACCACAGUCCCCUCGCCGGGGCCUCUGGUUCCUUUCGGAAGGGGCCGCCGUCCCUGAUCAACGAGAGCUCGGCGACAGCGUCGCUAACAGAGCUGAGCAGUGCUGAGGACUCGUCUCUGGGGUCUGAGGAUUUUGCCGCGCUUAAAAAGCGCCACCUCUUCCUGGAUCCCUCCAUGGCAGCAAACGCUAACUCGUGUUCUUUCAGGAAGCACAGCCAAGGAAACAACCGAGGAGGCCAGGGGCUGGACGAGGCCGACGCGGCGAGCGUCAGCAUGGUGGUGAACGUCUCCUGUACGUCAGCAUGCACAGAUGAGGAUGAGGACGACAGUGACCUCCUCUCCUCCUCCACGCUCACACUCACUGAGGAAGAGCUUGGCGUACGAGAUGAAGGAGAGGAGGAGGAGGAGGAAGAGGAGGAGAGGUUGAGUGGCGCCUCCUCUGGUAAUGAGGAGGAUGAUGAGGAUGAUGAUGAAGAGGAGAUGGAGGGCUCCUAUGUUUUGGGGCUGGAGUACAUGAAGAGGGAGCUGCAGAGUUGGAUCAGAUCUCCUCGCAACUCCUCCAAAACCGAGGUGGGCCUCCGGGAUGAGCUGCAGUGUGGCACCAACCUCUCCUCCUCCUCCUCCUCCUCCUCCUCCUCUCAGAGCAGGGAGCAGUGCUGCUUCCCAAACCGCUCAGCAGUGAAACUUCAGGAAACCACUGGCAGCAACAACAAAGCAAAAAGCCAGCAGGAGAAGAAGGAGCAGGAGGAAGAGGAGGAGAACAGGAGGAACGUGACGAGAAGCUACAUCAGCCAGUUUGUGGAUGACGUGGAAAACGGGAACGUGGACCAAAGCGGUCUGCGAGGGAAAGACGAGGACGACGAGCUUCUACGAGAGGAGUCGAGCCUGUUCACCAAGAAGGGGGAGUCGUUCAGGGAGUCGUACAAAACCGCCAAAACGGGAGAGUCGGUCUGGGACACAAUCCCACUUUCUGCUUCCACACCUAACGAGCUCCUUCCCUUCCCGUCCAAACGAGCGUCCUCACUGGUCGGACAGCUGAGAGGGGAGCUGCCCUGCCACAGCUCCUCCGUCCCUUCCCCGCCCUCCCUCUCACCUGUAGAGGACUGCACAUCCCACAAUGCAUUGCACAACAACAGGCCGGCAGCGGUGGGACGGAAGGCCAUCACCAUUCAGGAAAACUUCGCGUUCUCGUCUUUUGUGACGGAGGAGAGCAGGAGGCAAGUGAGAGAUAAAGAAUCCGCCCUCCCUCCCAAAAAGCGGCACAGUCCUCACGUCUCCUGCUGCCGACAAAACCCCUGUUCAUCUUCAUCCCUCCAUCCGCCGGACGUAGAGGAGGAGAAGAAAGAGAAUGUGCACGACUUUGUCAUGGAGAUUAUCGACAUGGCUUCGCUGGCGUUGAAGAGCAAAGAGACCCAGAACCAGGUGGAGGAGCUGAGCCGGGCCGAGAACAGCGGGUCCAGCGCCGACCAAGGUCCCGCAUCGCUUGCACAGAUCAGAGACAAGGUGCUGGAGCACUCCCACCGGCCCAUCCACCUCCGUAAGGGAGACUUCUACUCCUACCUGUCCCUCUCCUCCCACGACAGCGACUGUGGCGAGGUCAGCCAGUGCUCCGAGGACAAGAGCUCCACGCCGGCGCCGUACAGCAUCCCGGCCUCCGCUCCGUCCUCCAAACCCUCCAGUCCCGGCCUCGAUCCUGAGUACAAACUGCGACCUCUGGAUUUCAAGUCCGCCGACGGUCCCGUUGAAGGGGGUUACGUCAGCCCCAGCCGGGAGCCGUCCAGCCCCGCCCCCCUCCUGACGCCGAGCCCGGACAUCCGGGACGAGGAGACUCUGUUCGCGGCCUGCACGGAGGAGGUUUACCUGGGGCCGCCUCUUUGCUACAGCAUGGUGCUCACCAAGAAACCCCGGAGGGUCAGUCCCAGACCGAAGGACGAUUUGGGGUAUUUGUCUUCCCUGGAUCCCGGCGACAGACUCGGCGACGGCCUGCCUUACGUGUCCGAUGGAGAGACCGACCCAGAACUGAACGAAAGCCGACCAGCUGACGGCCUCGGCUACUUGUCUCCUUCAAAGGAGUCUACCUCGGAUGUAAACCGGGAUUCCCUGUAUUUCCAGGGGCCCGGUCCCACAGCGGCAACACAGGAAACACAAAGCUCCCUCCCUCCUUUCCUGGAGCCUCAUUACGAUUCACUCCCCCGCUCAAACAGCAUCUCCUCGUCUCUCCGGGGGCCCGACUCCAAACCAAACGCCGGCAACCUUUCCUCGUCUCCUCCUCUGUGCGGCGGCGGGGAAGAGAGGGAAGGUGAGGACCCGCACCUCCUCUGUGAUGUCGCUCGAGGAGAAGUCGCGGCCGCUGCGAGUGUUAGCCCGCCGCAGGAGGAGAGGAGUCGUAAUGAGGGGCCUCCUUAUCUUAAUCCCCGGGCGCGUGUCGCCCCGAUAGACUCCUCCGCAGCCGAAUGUUUGGCAGAUACUAAAACGCUUGAAUCCAAUAUGGGCGCCGUAAUGACCAAGAUAAGUGUCUGCAGCUCCGCUACAAAUCCCUCAAAAGAGCCAGCCACCACCGCCACGCGUAUUAAUCCCAAAAUUAACUGCUCGGCGAUGAGAGAGGCAGAUAGGGAGGAGGAGGAGGAGGCGGAGAGGCGACAAGAGGUGGAUAUUCGACGGGUGAAGCCGGAGAAGGGGAGGAGAGGGCGGCCCGGUGGCUCGCAGCAGGAAGUGAAGACGGCGGCGGCGGCGAGACAGGUUAGUGGCUCUCAGUCCGCUCUCCUUCAUGUCAGCAGGACUGGCCAGGGGCGGAGCCAAGCCUCUGAAAGACCGCCCACCUCAAGGACUCCAGCCAUUAGAAGGCUGUCGGGCGGUGUGUUAGCAGGAGGCUCCAGGGUCCAGCUGUGAGAGCGGCUCCUCCUCCUCCUCUCCUCUUUGCCUCCUGGAGAAACUCUUCACCUCCGCCGUCGACAAACCUCCUGACUUUAGGAAGCGAAACUCAAACUCCAUCCGGUGACUUCAGGGUGACGACGAGACGCGUUCGAGCUUUUUGUACCGAAAUUACAUCCAACAAGGUUUCCUGAGUGAUGAUUUGGGAGCAGAUUUUAGGGUCAGGCUGCGAGCGAUACAUUAAAAUUACAUCAAAAAAAAAAAAAAAAACAGAUGAGAAGUUGUGAAACUGAUUUUCCAUCGAGGCUGAAGGUAAUCCAGCAGUUUAAGUGAAGCAGAACUCAGAUUUGAGGGUUAGACGAUGGGACGAUGUAACUGUACAUCAAACAACAAUUUAGAACUCAUGAAAACUGAUUUUUGGGUUUGAUUGAGGGAAAUGUGUUGAAAUUACACCCAGCAACAAUGUCAGUGUGCUUUUAGUGCCAAGCUGGAGAGUUCGAUGCUGAAUUUAGACCCAGCAACAGAUUCAGAUUGAGAGGGAUUAUCAGAGAGGAUUUUAACAUUAUAUGGUGUUUAUGUUCCAACAAGAGUGACCAAGACUUGCUGUGUACACGAGGAUGUGGUUAAAUGUGAUUGAUCAAAAUAAUAUCCCACACUUCCACAUCUCAGGCAGUUGAAUCUGCUGUUCCUUCCAUUAGGAAGGACUUCAGAAAUAGAAAUUGAUCUGCAACAGGUGAAAAACGCUGUUUCAAGGAAACUGUGUGAAGGAAAACUCCAGACGCCGGUUCAGAAUCGAUCAGGUAGAUCAGUUCCUGUGACUCAGUAAACUGUCUCGUCUUGAGCCCAAGUCUCGAAGAUGAACAUGAAGCUAACAAGC